CUUUCUCUCUCUAAAGGAAGCGGGGACUCUUCAUAACUUCACUCGGUGUUCAAGCGCUCGGCAGGAAACAGGCUUUCCUCCCGGAUUGUUUCGCUCUUUUCCGCUUGCUCAAUGCAACUCUCCGUCCAGAACCCGCGAAAGCCAGCCAGAAGGAAAAAUGCCUCCUCCUACGACAGAGAGAGCCUCUCUCAAACUCUUACCGAGCCUUUUCGCCCUGUUUUUGGCGGCUCUCCAAACGCGCGUCGUCGCUGCGCUCCAGAUUCAACAGGCGUUCGCGUCUCCCAGCGUCACCAAUAACUUUGUUGUAGACGCGGCUUCGCGCAGGGUUUACCUGGCAGCGGUUAACAGCCUGUACCAGCUGAACGCAACGCUCGCGUUGGAGGUGGAGACGCGCACCGGACCCGUACGGGACAACCCGCUGUGCCACGCGCCGCAGCUGCCGCAAGCGACGUGCGAGCACGAGAAGACUCUCACCGACAACCACAACAAGCUCCUGACGCUGGACGGCGAGCAGGGCGUGCUGGUGGUGUGCGGCUCGGUGUAUCAGGGCUUCUGCGAGCUGCGCAGCGUGGAGAACGUGUCGCGAGUGGCCGUCAGGUUCCCGCAGGACGGGGCAACUGUGUUCCCAAGCAUGCUCAACAUCGUUGCCAACCACGAGAACGCGAGCACCGUCGGCCUCGUCUUUAGGAGUCACGGUGGGACGCCGCGACUGCUGGUGGGGGCGACUUACACCGGGAUGGGGACGGAGUACUUCCCCAAGAACCACAGCAAAGAGGACCUGCGCUUCGAGAACACCCCGGAGAUCGCCAUCCGGUCGCUCAACACCAAAGACCUCAAUAGGCUCUUCACUUACGACAUCAACCCUUCGGAAGAUAACGUGUUCAAAAUCAAACAAGAAGUGAAGCAGAAGAACAAACUCAAAUUUGUGCACGCGUUCGUACGGAAGCGCUACUCGUACAUUGCCAUCAACAACGAUGCCAACACGGGUCUUAAGGAGAGCCAGCCCAACAGCAUCCUCGCGCGCAUCUGUCUGGACACGGACGGUCCCCGACGGCCCUCGUCCACGGAUAGCCGCAAACUCACCGAGUCCUACAUCCAAAUGGGAAUCCAGUGCGGAUCAAACGGGAAUAUCUAUAAUCGACUCCUCUCCAUCUAUCUCGUGGAUAUCAAUACCGAGAGCGCGGCGGCACCGGGGCCCUAUCUGUUCGGCGUGUUCGCCAGGGCAGAGAGGCAAAUGGCGGUCUGCGCGUUCCGGGUGUCGGAUGUGGAGGAGAUGAUCCGCCAGGGCCGCCGAAACUGCUCCAGCGGACCCAACGGCGACGUGCAAGUGCUGGACAGCGUCAUCCAGGGUUCAGGGGCCGAGUGCGUGGCCAAGGGGCCCAUCGUGCUUCAGCCAGAGCAGUUGAAUUGUGGGGCCGCUCACCUGCAGCAUCCAUUGGCCCUGCGAAAACCCCUGAGGGCCCAACCCAUCUAUGAGGCCCCUGGGCUAAGUUCUAUUGCUGUAGAUAAUGUCCACAACCGCACUGUGGUAUUCCUGGGGACAAACAACGGGCGACUACGCAAGCUGUCUCUCUUGAGUAACCUCUCUGUGGCGAACCUGUGGUCACUGAGACUUCCUGCGAACGAACCAGUGCACCACAUCAUGACCUUUGACCCCAGUGACAAGAACUACCUUUACCUCAUGACGACACACCACCUGUUGCGGGUGAAGGUGGCAGCUUGUUUGCAGUACAGCUCCUGCAGUGAAUGUCUGAGUGCCAGUGAUGCCCACUGCGGCUGGUGUACACUGGAGAGAAGGUGUUCAAUUGAGCAGGAUUGCUUCAGCAGAUCUCUGUCAAAAUCAUGGAUCAACACAGGUGAUGGCUCACAGCAGUGUCCUUCAAUGACCAUCACCCCCUCUGACAUCAGCCGCUCCACCAAUAUCACGGAUGUGGGUAUUCUGAUAAAUGGAAGUGUCCCGGAUCUGCAGGGUCUCAGUGUGCAGUGUGAUUAUGGUGUUGGUAUAACCACUAAUGCCACUGUUCAUCUGGACUAUGGCACAGCUCAAAUCCAGACGUGCCCUCUGCCACCACCUCACAUGUACCCCACAAUCCCUUCAGGCAAAGAUCACAUCACUGUUCCUGUGGCGAUCAGGGUCAAUGGCACUGCUGUGGUUUCUGGAAGCUUAAUCAUUUAUGAUUGUGACCGGACGGGACAGAUUUACUUCAAAACUGCGUGUACAAGCUGUUUGAGCACUGCGUGGCGGUGUUACUGGGACCCUCAUCUCAAUUCAUGUGUUUCCAAUAAAAAUAAUACUCGAGAUGUUCUUCUAGAGAAUGCGGCGUCCUGUCCCAAUAUGGUGGCCCAUAAAGUUGCUCCAUUGCCCACAGGAACAGCUCAAGUUUUCACACUGGAACUCAAGAACAUAAAACAUGGUACAGAGUUGGAGUGUGACUUUGGCACCAAGGAGCUGUACAUAGCUGAUUGGCUGGAUGGACACUCGUCUGUGAACUGCAGUGGAGUGAAACUGGAAACUACACUGUGGAGCAAGAUAUUUCAUCUAAACCUGCGGAGGAGAGGAACAGACAUAUAUAUAGACAGUCCAGAGCCAAUGACAGUGGAGGUGUACAGCUGCAGUGCGGGGGACAGUGACUGCUCCCAGUGUUGGGGUCGUGAGGCUCAGGGUCACCUGUGUGCCUGGUGUGACAACAAAUGUCGCCCGCGAGACCACUGUCAGUCCAUCACUACACAGUGCCCACAGCCUCAUAUACAGAAGAUUGAGCCACUUAGAGGGCCGCUGAUGGGGGGAACUCUGCUCACAGUACAGGGCAGGAAUCUCGGAUACAGCGUUGCUCAUGUGAACGUGUCCAUUGGGGAUGUACCCUGUAAAAUACUUCCCAAAUACUACACUGUUUCAGUCAAGUUGGUUUGUGAGACUGGUGCAUCAUGGGAGAAGAUCAGUGAUUACGUUACAGUGAGUGUGGAUGGUAACACAGUGGGUGUUUCAAAGGACAAAUUCUCCUUUGUGGAGCCCAGAAUUCUAGAGUUCAAGCCCAGGCAAGGCCCCCUCGCUGGUGGAACCAGACUGACCAUUUGGGGCCAGUUUCUGGAUGCUGGCUCUGAUAUUAACGUCAAAGUCAACAGUACCCAAAACUGCACUAUCUUCACGCGCUCCAGUGAUGUCAUCAAGUGUUUGAUGCCCCCAGCGGUGCCCGCUGUCACAGAGAGUGUGUCGGUGUGUGCGGUGUAUGACGGCAGGCCAUGCCACAGUGGUUCACCAAACUUUACAUUUACAUAUGAGAAAAACCCUAUAAUCAACUAUAUUAAACCCAACAAAAGCUACCUCAGUGGUGGUCGCAAUAUAUCAGUCAUUGGACAUGGUUUUCAUCUGGUGCAGUCUGUCAUAAUGGAGGUGUCUGGAAUUGGACAGACGAACUGCUCGUGUGUGUUACCAACUAUGAUUGUGUGCGAGUCUCCUGCUGCCAGUCAGUCCCAGCAGACCACAGCUCACUUCUACAUCAAUGAUGUGCUGUACAGAGGAGAUGGCUCAUCUGCAUCUGGACAAGCAUUGGAGGAAGACGAGGAGCUUCACGCCAACCACUUCCGCUUCGACUAUAUGGAAGAUCCGCAAUUUUAUACAGCAAACAAAGAGAAACUCAUUAAACAUCAUCCAGGAGAACCACUCAUACUCAUUAUUAAUAAAGGUCCGAGUGAGUUAGACUUGACGCCGGAGGAAUACUCAGUGAAGAUUGGCCGGGAUCUCUGUGAAAUCACAUUCCAUAAUGACCAGCUCUUCCACUGUACCAUUAACAGAUCACUGAGUACCAGCACUGGAGAUCUGUCCGUCACUGUAAAAGUGGGUAAUUUUCAGAAGGUUAUAGCGAUGGUGCAGAUGGGUGGAAGCAGUGAACUGGCCAUCGUUGUGUCCAUCGUUGUGUGCUGUGUGUUGCUGCUGCUCUGCACUGUUGCGCUGGUGGUGUAUUGCACUAAAAGUCGCAGGGCGGAGAGGUACUGGCAGAAGACCUUGUUACAAAUGGAGGAGAUGGAGUCACAGAUCAGAGAUGAGAUACGCAAAGGUUUUGCGGAGCUCCAGACUGAUAUGACGGAUCUGAGUAAAGAACUGAACCGCACACAGGGAAUCCCCUUCCUGGAGUACAAGCAGUUUGUCACCCGCACGUUCUUUCCUAAGAUGUGUUCUGACUAUGAGAGACGUCUGGUUCAGCCUGUUUAUGAGAACAAUCCUCUCGGCCCACGAGCACUAUCAGAAACACAUCCGCUACUGCAGGACUGGAAGCCAUCCAACACCACACGACCAAACCUGGAGGAGGGAAUUACACUGUUCUCCACUCUACUCAACAACAAACACUUCCUAGUCACCUUCGUUCAUGCACUUGAGCAGCAGAAAGACUUUGCCGCGAGAGACAGGUGCAAUCUAGCCUCUCUGCUCACAGUCGCCCUCCAUGGUAAACUUCAAUACUACACAAGCAUCAUGAAGGACUUGCUGGUGGAUUUGAUUGACGCUUCAGCCUCCAAAAACCCCAAACUGAUGCUCCGGCGAACAGAAUCAGUGGUAGAGAAGAUGCUCACCAACUGGAUGUCCAUCUGCAUGUACAGCUUCCUGAAGGAGACGGUAGGUGAACCGUUCUUCCUGCUGCUAUGUGCCAUCAAACAGCAGAUCAACAAGGGCUCGACCGACGCCAUCACAGGAAAGGCGCGCUACACACUCAACGAGGAGUGGCUCCUGAGAGAAAACAUUGAGGCCAAACCACAGAACAUUAACGUGUCGUUUCAAGGUUUUGGGAUGGACUCUGUGAGUGUGCGUGUGAUGAACACAGACACGAUCUGUCAGGUGAAGGAGAAGAUACUGGAAGCUUUUUACAAGAACCUUCCCUUUUCCCAAUGGCCCCGCGAGGAGGAUGUUGAGCUGGAAUGGUUUCCAGAGGGUCGCAGCAGUAAAAUACUACAAGAUCUGGACAACACGUCUUUAAUGCAGGAUGGCAGAAAAAAACUCAACACCAUUUUCCACUAUCAGAUUCCAGAUGGAGCAUCUCUGGCCAUGAGCAUGAAAGAUCAGAGAGAAAACACGCUUGGCAGAGUUAAAGAUCUUGACACGGAGAAAUAUGUUCAUCUGGUGCUGCCGCAUGAUGAGCCGACAGAUAGCAGAAAGACACACAGACAGAGUCACAGGAAGAAAGUCUUACCUGAGAUAUACCUGACACGCCUGCUGUCUACUAAGGGAACACUUCAGAAGUUUCUAGAUGAUCUUUUCCAAGCCAUCCUCAGUAUUCCUCCAGAGAAACCACCAUUAGCUGUCAAAUACUUCUUUGACUUUCUAGAAGAACAGGCGGAUAAACGCGGCAUCACAGAUCCUGACACGCUUCACAUCUGGAAGACAAACAGUUUGCCUCUGCGCUUCUGGGUGAACAUCCUGAAGAACCCUCAGUUUGUGUUUGAUAUCGAUAAGACGGAUCACAUGGACGCGUGUCUGUCCGUCAUCGCUCAAGCUUUCAUAGACGCGUGCUCACUCUCUGACCUGCAGCUGGGCAAAGAUUCUCCCACCAAUAAGUUGCUGUAUGCCAAAGAGAUCCCGGAGUAUAAGAGGAGAGUGCAGUGCUAUUAUAAACAGAUUCAGGAGAUGUCACCGCUCAGCGAACAGGAAAUGAACGCUCACCUCGCAGAGGAGUCACGGAAAUACAGGAAUGAGUUCAACACAAACCUGGCCUUAACUGAAGUCUACAAAUAUGCCAAGAGAUAUCGCAAUCAGGUGCUGAUGGCGCUGGACUCGAACCCUACCGCUCGACACACGCAGCUGCAGCACAAGUUUGAGCAGGUCAUCGCACUGGUGGAAGACGACAUCUAUGAGAGCAGCAGUGAAGCCUGAGCAGCAGCCAGUGAAAACACACUAUACAUUCCUCUGACCAUUUAAUAUGAAAUGUAGCCCUUAUGUUUGAUUAUGACUGCUCAACCUCCCUUUAGUUUAAAGCAGAUGUGAACGUGAAGAAAUGAAGCUUGUCUGAUCAUUUUUAGUUGAUAUGCAAUCCAGAUUCAUUUCUGUCUGUUCACAUGGGUGUGUGAUAUAUAUCGAGUUGUUUUUGAAAAGGGGGGUUGUUUAAUUGUUGACUCUAGGGGCUUUGUUACGCACUAACCCCACACUCGGGGAGAGCCAAUGAUGCACUGGAUUAUAGAAGAUGUUCUCCAUAGCAAUAUUUAUAGUAUGAUGGUUUUAAAGAGUGAUUAAUACAAUCUGAUUAAGGAUUUAGGUGGGAUAUGUGUACCUGUGCUGCUUUUUCAAUGGCAGUUCAUCUUGUUUUAGGUGCAUAAAACAACAUAUUCCACAACACCUUGGACUACAAGUAACAUUAUGAUAUGCAUAUAAUAGGCUUGAAUGUGCCAUUAUGGGGACCUUCUUUUUUGUGCUUUUUUAAUUGAAGUGUUUGGGUCUAUUUGGUUACGACCAAAAAAAGUGUGCAUAAUUCUAUAGAUAUUCUGCUUACAAUGUGUUAAAUGUGUUUCAUUUCUUUGAGAAAGAGGGAAUUUAUCAAAUAAAGCCGUAAACAACACCUUUGUUACUGUUUACACAGCAACAUUUCAAGGGGAAAGUAUUCAUUCAAAGUCCCAUCAGUGGGUCCAGUGGACGGGGCUAGCAGUGUGCAAUAAGUCCCUGUAAAUAGUUAUUUGUGGUACUAUUUGAAAGCUUAAAUCUGAACUUUUCACAGAACUCCAUUACUUUUGCAUUUAUAUUACAUAAAAUAAGACCUGAAAACCUCUGUGUCAAAA